AACAAUCAAUUAGUUUAUUAAAUAAUAUUAUAAAUAUCUUUAAUCCGUAUUAAAAUAUAAUAGACAUCGACAUCGACUGAAAUAUGAUGUCAGUGCAUAAGAAGAAACCAAUGAUAUCUUAAUUGUGUCGAAACCACGCCCAAAACUUGUCCAUGCCCUCUUUUAUUCGACUAUCCGUUUCCACCACUUUCUAUCCUCCUUUCUUAAUGAUUUCUUACAAAAAGUUUCGCGGUACAGUUUCCCUCUCCCCUGAUCGGCCAUGUCCAAUCCCAUUUGGGAUCAGCGGCACCCAAAAUACAAUUGAUCCCCCUGCAAUCUUACGUGCAUAUAAAUACUGGGCCAGGACACGAGUUUGUCAGAACCGAGCCACUCUUUCUCGUAAAAGCAAAAUGGCAUUCAAGUUUUUAGUACUCGCAGCCUUUGUGGCAGUAGCCAGCGCCGGUGGGCCAGCAGCCUACGACAUCUCCGCAUCAUCCGGCGACCACAGCAGUGUCGGCUUUAGCCAAGAGUCUACGCAGAAGGGCUACGCUGGUCAAAACGUAGUUUCCUCUUACACGAAAUCCGACGACUCGGCUCAUUCAUUCGUACGAGUUAGCAGUCACAGCGUCAGCAACGAUGGCCUGUACCACUACGAAAUACCGCACACUCCGGUCGUGAAAGCCGCAUACGCAGCCCCAGCAUACGCAGCCCCAGCAUACGCAGCCCCGGCAUACGCAGCCGCCCCAGCUGCCCCCUUGAUCGCCAAGACGUACGCUGCCCCGUACAGCUACGGUACCCCUCUUCUGGCCAAGAGUUACGCCGCUCCAUACAGCUACAGCUCUCCUCUUCUGGCUAAAACCUACGCUGCCCCAGCUCCGAUCUUUGCCAAGGCUGCCGUCGCCGCACCUCUUCUGACCAAGACCUACGCUCCUUCUCUCGUAGCCAAAUCGUACGCCACUCCUCUCCUCGCUAAAUCGUACGUGGAAUCGGCUCCGCUCCUGACCAAGACCUACGAGUACGCUGCCCAUGCUCCAGUUGUCGCAAAGAGUGCCUACCUUGCUCCCGCUCACGGAUACGCCGCUCACGGAUACGCUGCUCACGGAUACGCCGCGUCCAUCGCACCAGCUCCACUUCUGACCAAGACCUAUGCUGCUCCUCUACAGCUUACCAAGCUCUCUCACGAGUACGCUCCUCAGGCUCAGCUUGUUGCCCCUGUUGCGCACACCUUCUUCAACGGUCUUGGCACCAGCUACUCCUGGUAAACUUGUGUUACGCC